GGGGAGAUUGUGGAGUUUUAGUUAAUGUGGGCUGGUUUUGGGGGCAGAUUGUGGAGUUUUAGAUAAAGUAGGUGUUGUUAUUUUUGGGGAGAGGGAUUUUUAUUGUUGGAUCAGUGGGAUUGAGGGAGGACUCUCACCUCCUGCUGCUGCUGCCAGUGUGGAGAUGGCGGGGAGUAGCUGCAGCCCCGGGCCCGGCGCUGGCUGCUCCUCAGGCGGCUCGGCCUCGGCCUCCAGCCCCGGGCCCGGCCCUGGGCCUUCCAGCGGCGGCUCGACCGCCUCCAACCCCCGCAAGUUCAGCGAGAAGAUCGCGCUGCACACCCAGAAACAGGCCGAGGAGACGGCCGCCUUCGAGGAGGUGAUGAAGGAUCUCAGCGUGUCGCGGGUUCAGUUUCACAAGCUGCACCAUUUACGAUUGGCACAGACCCGGGCACAGUAUUAUGGAGGAUCCUUACCGAACGUUAACCAGAUUGGCAACAACUCGCAUGACUUUCAGACACUGAUGCACCCGACGCUGGACUCUAUGCGGGGAACACGACACCAUGGGUUGGUGGAGAGGGUGCAGCGAGAUCGAAAUCACCUGAUGUCUCCCCAUCGCCGCCAGUCCCCGGUGGAUAAGCACGGCCGACAAUUUGACAGUUCCCCGUACGGAUCAGUUUAUCUCUCCCCACCACCAGACACCAGCUGGAGAAGGAGAUUCCCACCCUGGGACAGUGAGGAGAAACCACCUGGAUUGAGACUGAUCCCGGCCCUCAGCAGGACCAACUCUGACUCUGCUCUGCACACCAGUGCUCUGAACCCCAGUGCGCAGGAUGCCUUCAUGGGAGGGGGCCAAACCUUCUCUCAACAAGACCGACGUCACGUGAACUAUUACGAUGAAAUGGACAGUCUGGGAGAAGUCUUUUCAUUCCCGGUCCCAACGGCGGAAGAUAAUCUCUUAAAGCUGAACAAGCCUUUGCCAAAACAGCUGUGGGAAGCUAAGAAGGUUCAAUCUUUGUCAUUGCGCCCCAAGUCCUGUGAAGUGCCCGGGAUCAGUAUCUACCCGUCCCAGGACCAGAACGCCGGCUUGUCCCAUUUCCAGGGCUCGCUGAACACAGGUGGCUCGCUGCCCGACCUCACCAACCUACACUUCCCAUCGCCACUGCCCACCCCGUUGGAUCCCGAGGACAACCCGUACCCCAACAUCAGCGGAGGCAGCAGCACCAGCAACCUGGCAGCCACCAUGACACAUCUGGGCAUCAGCAGCUCUCAAGGUCUGUCGUCCUCCUUGCACAGCUCGCUGAGUAACCCAUCCAUACAAGCCUCGCUCACCAACUCCAUGGUGCCCUCUCCACUGAGCAACCACUCCCUCAGCAACCCACCGAUGCAAUCGUCUCUGCGAUCAUCGCUCAGCAACCCGUCUAUCCCCACCGCCUUGAACAGCUCGCCACGCCGUCGCCAGACCCCGGUCAGUCCGCUGACCCUCUCGCCGGGCAUGGAGCCUCGCAGGUCACUGAGCAAACAGUUCUCUCCAACCAUGUCGCCAACGCUGUCUUCAAUCGCCCAGGGAGUGGCCUUGGACACCAGCAGCAUGGCGAUGGAACACCUGCCACCUUACCCGAUCUACCAGCACCUCCAGCAGCCCCAGCACUUGAUGCACCAGACUCAGCAAGCACUGCUCCAAUCACCAAUCUCCACUAUCCAUCCACUCUCUCAGCCUCUGCCACUCGAGCUGCCCUCCCCCUGUAACGACAUCGUGGAUAAUUUCUUCAACGACCCGUACUUUGAGCAGCAGUUACUGGCCAGUCAGUCCAAGCCUCUGUGCCAGCAGCUGAACCAGUUCAACGUGUUGGAGCGGCCGUCUAGCUCCCUGCCGAUGAGCGGGAGCAACUUCUACAACCUGGGCUCCAGCCUUCACUUCUCGCAGGCGGCCUUGCUGGGUCUGAGCGGGAGCUACGGCAGCCUCCAGGACCCACUGCCACAGCUGAAACCCAACCAGUUCUACUCCACCUGCACCGGCAACAUCCCCAACAUCAUCCUGACAGGUGACUCGCCCCCCAGCCUGUCCAAGGACAUCAGCAGCGCGCUGGCUGGAGUCACGGACACAACCUUCGACACGGACACCCAGUUCCAACUGGACGAUGAUCUGAAGAUGGAGCCGCUGAGCCUGGACGGCCUGAGCAUGCUGAGUGACCCGGACCUGGUGCUGACUGACCCCUCCAUCGAAGACACAUUCAGGACUGACCGCAUGUAACCAAUGUGCCCGGUGCCUCGCGCGACAGGGUGAGAAUGUUUCUGGACACUUGAUGAGUGAAGAAUAACAUUUACAGCAAGGCACCGUUGAAGCUCGACUUAUUUUUUUAUUCAUUAAAGCACUAUCCGUUUUGGUUUUUAACUAUGUGCAUUUAUACAUCGGUUUAGCUGGGUUACGGCCGAUAUGAUUUUCCGUGUAUGCUGUCUGUUGACACAGGAAAGGCCAGUACGUUAAAGACAGGAAAUCCUAGUUCUGUAAAUGAUUGGGGUAGCUCUACAUAGUCCCAGCCCGCUGGUGGGAGUUAAAGCUGGGCCAGUCCCACACACUGCCCACCGCAUGCCCUCAUUCUACCGGGCUCGGCUGGGGCGGGAGUGAGUGCCACAGAACCAGCGGGAGCAGAGAAAGCAGGCAGUGUCCGGGGGUAGACUAGGAGGAUGGUUUAACCCCUCCUGAUCCUGUUCAAUGUUGGCCCACAGUCUCCCACGGCACGCAGGGACCGCUGGCAUCGACAGACCCACAACACGCCCUUCCCUGACCAUCAGACAUCCGCCGGACCUACACAGACCCGCUGACCUUUCAUUAAUCACUGGGAAGCCACUAGACACUGGGUCUGAGACUGGACACUGGGUCCAAGGGCAGUCACUGGGUCCGAGACACGCCACUGGCCACUGUGUCUGAGAGAUCAACGGGCAUUGGGUCUGGGGAGAACAGACACUGGGAUCAGUGACCUGCCAUGUUUAUAUUGAGGUCAAUGGCCAGCCAGUCAGAGGGUCGGUAUGGUGCCAGUGGUCACGGCCAGUGGUUG